AGCUGCUUUCACAGUUUACAUCUCUUGACAGCAUUUUUUAAGAUUUUGUGCUUUUCCUUUCCCAAAUUGAUGUGGUUUAGGCCCAGCUGGCAGCUGAGCACCAUGUGCCACUCGCUCACCCCUCCCCGCAGUGGGCUGGGGAGGAGAACGGAAAAACAACGGCAAAGCCUUGAGGGUUGUGAUAAGGGCAGUUUACUGGGACAGCAUGGGAGAGGGAAAACAAUCAACAACAGUACUGAUAACAGAUAUUCACAAUGGGUGAUAACAGAGAACAAUUUACCCAUCCAACGACCGACCAACCGGACGCUCAGCCUGUCUCAGAACUGCACCGAAACUGCGCCGCCCCCUCCCCUGCCCGACUAGCCCCCCUUUUAUGGUGAGCAUGAUGUCACAUGGUAUGGAAUAGCCCCUGGCCAGCUUGGGUCACCUGUCCUGGCUCCUUGUGAAAUUAACUCUGUCCUUGCCAGAACCAGGACAAGAAUACUUCACAGAAUGCAUCUAGACUUCUUCAGGGAUUAGGUCACCUAGCUACCAGCUAGCAUUUUAAUUAAUCUCCCAUCACCCUCUCUGCUGAGGAACCUCUUAUCACACAAGGCCAUGACUCCUCAGGGAAUGUAACAAAAGACUUUGAACAGUUUUAUAUGAAAGGGGAAGGAAAACCAAAAACUAACUCAGUGUGGAGCGAGUGCCUCAGAACAAAUAUCAUUAAUAUAUGAUCCCAAAAGGCUUUACCACAGCCUUGAAAGGAGACAUGAUAGAUUGUUCUUUAGGGGUUGUGAGAGGAGAGGAAAGGAGAUGAUACUUCAUACAAAGUCUACUGGGUUUCUGUUUCCCCUCAAUAAUGCUCCCAGCACAUCGUAGAUUAAUGUAAGUGCUUUAUCAAAUUUCACCUCAAUUUUCAUUGAUGCCUACCUUCUUACUUGCUACCGUUCUGUGAUAUUCCUCCUUUUCCUCUGAUAUUUCUCAGGAAUGAAACCUGUGCCUGGAUAUCUACCCCAUACUUUGAUUUUAGUUUGUUGACUCAACUACACAGAGUGGGGUGGUUCUGAGGUUUUUUUAGGCUUCUGUAAGAUUUACAAGCAAUAACGGCAGGACAAAAAGGACAUGGCUUGCAUAGAGGAAGGCUGUCUUGAAAGACACACUGCACCAAGAAUUCAAACUUUUCAAGAACUUAAAUAAUGAAUUCAGGACCAACUUCUUAUGAAAUGAAGCUUCAUUUAUACAGUGUUCACAAGAAAGAAAAGACAAAAAAAAAAAAAAAGAACAACCACCACAGGAGAGAGAGGGGGCUCAAUUUUCUAUUAGUUUAUUUAGUUUCUUUAUUUGUUUUCAAGGUAAUUUUUUUUUACUCCAACUGAAUGAAUUUCCAUUCUCUGCUCCCCCCACCCCAAAAUCUUUUUAUACCCUUGGGUUUUUCCUUUUGAUUAUUCCUCUCUUCUUAAAGCUGCUUUUAUUUUUCCCUCUGACAGCCAGAAUAUUUUAUCAAAUCUGUUUUUCAGCAAGAAAGCUGGUAGUGAUUGAGGAGGAAUCUGUUUAUAAAGCUUUCUGUUCUACCUGGCAAAGUUCAAGCAUGGAUGGAAAGACAGUCCUGAAAACAGUAUAGUUUUAAACACAGGAUGUUUGUCUUUUCCCUGUUUGGCUCUGGUUUUCCCUGAAAACCAGAUCUUUCCCAGGGAAUAAAACUACCCUCUUCUCUAACUGUCCUGCUUACCUUUACUUCCCACAUAUCUCCUCGUUUGUCACCAUCUUCAUGCAGCCUUCUCUCUGUCUCCCUCCUAAUGAAAAGGUGAAAACCAUUUCAUUGAGGUGUUUUAUUGUUCACUACAGUACAUUUUAGAGCAUCCUAAAAUACAUGUUUAAAUAAACUACAGUAAGAAUGAUUGAGAAAUGGCAAUUUUUUUCCUCCAGUGACUGUAAAGGGACUCUGGACUAAAGAGCUCAAACACAAUGCCUUACAUAUUAUUUACAGUAGAUUCCUACUGUAACCCCCAUACUAACUUUACUCUUAGUGCACAAAAUGGUGCCUUGUUCCUCUAGGUUGAGUCUCCUCUCUUGUUUUCCUUCUAGCCUUUGCUCGAAUGUCUUAUCCUUCUACAUUCUUUUGCUCUGUCUCAUCUUCUUUUAACUUCCUGAAGCAUUGUUUCCUCCACUGACCUUCUGCCUUUACUCACUGCAGCUUGGAUACAGAAAUGUUGAACGAUACGAGGGUCACAGAGUUCCUUCUCUUGGGCUUCCCCUCCCUUCACCAUCAGGAGCGCCUAAUGGCAAUUGGUCUCCUGGCUUUGUACCUGGUGACCUUAGGGGGAAACCUACUGAUCAUUUCCAUUGUUCUUGCUGAAAGCGAACUCUACAAGCCCAUGUACUUUUUCCUCUGUAACCUGUCUUGUUUGGAGAUCUUCAUCACGACAUCCAUCAUACCCAAAGCCAUAGGAAAUUUGCUGAUGGGCAGCAAAGCCAUUUCCUACCCAGGCUGCUUAACUCAGUGCUACUUCUACUCCCUUCUGGGCUACAUCGAGUUUGUCCUUCUGGCUGUGAUGUCCUAUGACCGUUAUGUGGCCAUAUGCUAUCCUCUUCAGUAUGCCAUGGUCAUGAGCAGUCAACUUUGUCUUCAGCUACUGUUGGGCUCGUGGACUGCGGGCUUCUUGGCCACCAUUGUUUCCACUGUCCUGGUUGCCAAGAUGCCCUUCUGCAAUGACAAUCGUAUUGACCACUUCUUCUGUGACAGCAUGCUUUUGAUCAAGUUGUCCUGUGCAGAAACACAGAUUGUUGAGCUGAUCACCUUCAUGGCCUCGUCCGUCAUCAUCCUCGGUUCACUAGGCAUGACAGCAAUGUCCUACCUUUGCAUCAUUAACACCAUACUUAGAUUGCCCUCAGCUUCCUCACAGCAGAAGACAUUCUCUACAUGCUCUUCUCACUUCACCAUUGUCAUCUUGGGCUACGGUAGCUGCAUUUUCAUGUAUGUCCAGCCUUCAAGUCAUCACAUUUCCUAUAAUAAGGCAGUUGCCCUUCUCAACACAGUGGUAACUCCUUUGAUGAGUCCCUUUAUUUUCAGCCUGAGGAACCAGCUGAUGAAAGAUGCUGUCAAAGCAGGCUUGAAGACAAGUGUGAUAAUCUUCAGGAAGCACUUUUCUGUCUAAGAAGAUAUUUUGUAAAUGGAUUUUGAAAGGGAAGAGGGCUGGGAAUGCAAUUGCGGAAAUGAGAUCUCUCUUUCUUAGCAGUGUAAAGUUUCCUGAAAUUAAUAUCACACCAGGUUCUCUCCUGCAACAUAUGAUAAGAAUGAAGACCUUAGCUGGGAGUGCCUUUCAAAUGACCUAAAAGCACUGUAGAGACCCUGCCUAAUACCACAAUGGCAUUUUCUAAGUGUGGAAACCAAGACAGAAAGCAACAAGCAGAGGACUUCGUCCCUCCAUGGCACACCGAAUUCUCAACAAACUUCACCCUCUUCCAGUUCUGAUGAAACUUCUCAUUGCUCCUAAAUCUGGUUUCCUGAUUAUUUUUGGUAGCAGAUCUUUGUUGAACCUCUUAAUCUUUAGAAAAUGACAGAAAAUAGGCAGAACACAAUAAAUAGAAAAACAAUGACUUUGUUUCUCUUCCAAGUGGCACUUAAAUCUCCAUAUUUUGUUCUCCUGCUUAGAACAAAAAAAUGCCUAAAAUAAAGUCCAGUUUUAACUGUCUAAAAUUAUCUCUCUUCUACUUUGGUACAAAAUCUACAAUACUUAUCUGCAAUGUAGUCUUGGGUAACAAGAUCUAGAUCACGUUUGGUGAAAUAAAUGUCCAGUCCUUGACAGAAUGCUCUCAGACAGCAAUACUUUAGCUAAUCUGGAAAAUUCAGAUUAAUUAGUUUAUGCAAACAUAGACUUUUGUAAGUGUCUAAAAAGAUGAAAUCAUCAUCUGGCCUCCUUUGAUAGUGGGGAGGAAUCGGCACUCUAGAGAGUGAUAACAUAUUGUGGUCUUCAGGAGAACUGUACUUAGCAUAGACUUGACAGCUUAAUUCUUCAAUAUGUAAUGCCAGGUGCACUGAGCCACAUGCUGGGCAAUGUGUGGUAAUUGGCACAAGUGAGGGGGUCUUGCUAGUGGGGCCAUCCUUUGAAGACAUGAAGAUUGCAGCUGUACCUUAAACUCUCUUCAGAAUUAAACAGAAACAUCUCCUCUUCCCUCAUCCCUGUCACAGCGUUGCCAUUUUGUAAUUUUCCUGGAUUACUUUUCACUCAUGGUUUGCAAGAAAAAUAGG